AUGCAUACCCGAGUAUUGUCAUCGCUGCUGCUCACUGCCGCCUCCUCCUCCAAGGGGGCGUCGAUCGAGGGCCAGAGCACGACGGGACCUUCGCCUGACGACAGUGAAUUCUCGAGGCGCAUAGCCACUGGGGGAUCACCGCGAAACAAUUACCCAGACAUUUUGACGACCUCGGACGGCGGAAAAUUGAUCUCUUGGGGUGGCGUCUCGACCAAUGAACAAGCGAACAGCAGCAGCGAAUAUCUCUGGACCAUGCAGCCGGCCUUGAGCGGCACAUCAUGGGGCCUGGAGCGCGAGGAUACCACGUCUCGACGCACGACAGCCCAGCGUUCGGCCGGGUCCGGCGCUGUGGUGUGUGACAACACAGCCUUUUUCAUUGGAGGAUGGGUCAAUGUCGAUACUGAUCCGAGUGUCGAUGUCCCUCGGACUACGAAGAUUCCGAAAGUAACCACAUCAAUGUAUGACUUGGAGACCGGCACGUGGUCUACGUCAACGAAUGGGUUCAACAAGAAUGACACAUACUAUCACGGCAGCGCGACGUGCCUUGCCAAUUAUGCAGAGAGCGGUAUCGUCAUCGUACUUGGGGGCGAGACGGGUCAAACGUCCCUAUACGAGGAAGGUGAAGGAUAUGUCGCCUUUGACCAGGUGCACAUAUACAGCAUACACAAAGAUGAGUGGCUCAAGCAGGACACAACGGGAUCUCCGCCCUCGAACCGGAGCCACUUCUGUACCGUCUCUGCCAACGGUACCAACGGAACGACAGAAAUAUUUGUCUACGGCGGAUUCAAUAGCCAACUGUCAGAGGCUUACGAUGAUCUGUACGUGCUGACUAUUCCUGGGUUUCACUGGACCAAGGUCGAUUAUCCAUCUUCUUCGCCCCGCGCAGACCACGCGUGCGUCCGGGCGGGUGGACGGCAAAUGGUUGUGAUCGGCGGUGCCAACCUCGGACUCGGCUCCCAGGAGGCUGUAUUUGAGGAUGUCGAUCCAUGGGCAAACGGACUUGGUGUCUUCGACCUGGUAAACCUGAGCUGGAGUCACAUAUACUCCAGCGAGAACAAUGAUUAUGACACGCCCACGUCCAUCGCGGACUGGUAUGCUGCGGGAUCUAUGACACAGGUUGAGUGGUCUAGCGACGAAGUCAAGGAAAUCUUUAGUGGUGCGGUUAACUUUGAUGUGGUCUAA